GUGAAGGACGACAACCCGUACAGCCGGCUGAUGGCCCUGAAGCGCAUGGGCGUCGUUCCGGAGUACGAGAAGAUCAGGACCUUCUCCGUGCUCGUGGUCGGCGUCGGCGGCGUGGGCUCCGUGGUGGCGGAGAUGCUGACGCGCUGCGGCAUCGGGAAGCUCCUGCUGUUCGACUACGACAAGAGCUUGAUGGCAAGUUGCUUGAGCAGGUCAAGACUAGGUCCAGCGAGUUCGAAUGGUUCAAAGGCCGAGCAACAGGUGCACCAGAUGCAGCCGCUGCGGGAGGUGGACCAAACCAAGCAAUCCAACUUGCUCAAGAUGCAGCUGAUAAUGCGGUUAAAGGGGUACGAGGGUUCAGGAAGCGACGUGCAAAGUCCAAAGCGAAAGCUCAGGGAGCUGGAGGACAUCCGAGCAGUGCACGUGCUGUCCAGGUGGAAUGGCCGCGGCCCGAGCUACAUGAACCCGCCCGUCUUCAGUGGGGGAGUGUAA